AUGGAGCCGGAGGAAAAGCAGAUCUCGGUGUGGAUUUGCCAGGAGGAGAAGUUAAUCUCGGGGCUUUCGAAGCGCACCACUUGCUCGGAUGUAGUGCGAGUACUUCUGGACGACAGCAAGCAGGGGCGGCGGCGGCGGCAGCAGCAGCAGCAGCUGGGUUCGCUGCAGGAGUGCGGAGGGGGGAUGCUGUCGGGGCCCCCGCACUCGUACUGCAUCGUGGAGAAGUGGCGUGGCUUUGAGAGGAUCUUGCCCAACAAGACCAAGAUCCUGCGCCUCUGGGCGGCCUGGGGCGACGAGCAGGAGAACGUGCGCUUCGUGCUGGUGCGCAGCGAGGCAUCCCUGCCCAACACGGGGCCCAGGAGCGCCGAGGCCCGGGUGGUGCCCAGCAAGGACAGCCCGUGCCAGCAUGGCUUGGGGGCCGCAGCCCGGCGGGCCAGCCUGGCGCUGAGCCAGGAGCGGCAGCGCCGCGUGGUGCGGAAAGCCUUCCGCAAGCUGGCCAAGAUCAACAAGCGCAAAGGGGGGCAGCCGCCGCACGAGGAGGAGCCGCCGGCCAAGGAGGCGUCGUCGUCGGCCGCCGAGAGGAUGGAGACCCUGGUGCACCUCGUCCUCUCGCAGGACCACACCAUCCGGCAGCAGAUCAAGCGCAUCCGCGACCUGGAUCGGGAGAUCGACCGCUACGAGGCCAGGAUCCACUUCGACCGCAUGAAGCGCCACGGAGUGAACUAUGUGCAGGACACGUACCUGGUCGGGGGCGAGCUGGAGCCCCCCGACGGGGAGGCGGAGCCGCCGGCCGAGGAGGAGGAGGCGGCUGAGGAGGCGGCGGCGGCGGCCGGCAGUGGCUCCGAGGGGGGCUUGGAGGAGUACGCCCGGCAGUGCGAGCAGGUGGUGCUGCUGCAGCAGCAGUGGCGCCGCCAGGAGGAGCUGAUCGAGCAGCUGGCCGGCGAGAUCCAGGAGGAGCUCAACGAGCGCUGGAUGAAGCGGCGCCGGGAGGAGCUGGCGGCCGCCAGGGGCUCCAGCACGAGCCUCUCCUCCGACGCGGACUGCAACACCACCGAGCUGAUCGGCGGCGGCGAGCUGCACGUGGAGCAGGAGCGCGUGAAGACGCAGCUCAGCACCAGCCUGUACAUCGGGCUGCGGCUCAGCACCGACCUGGACGCCGUCAAGGCCGACCUGGAGUUGACGCAGCACGCGUGGGCCGACAAGGAGCGGGAGCUGCGGGGCCUGCUCGACAGCCUGCGGAUCCUGGACGUGGACGGGGACGGGGACGGGUGCGAGGCGCCCCAGCCCCUCCCGCUCCCGCUCGCGCAGGACAGCGAGGGACCGGGCCCGGGCCCGGCCGAGGUCACCUCGGGGGCGGAGAUCUGGGGGGAGCAGGCAGCCCGGGGCUUGCGCAAAGACUGCGAGGACAACGACGAGGAUUCCGACACGGGGCUGAGCUCCAUGCACAGCCAGGACUCGGACUCGGUGCCCGUCUGCGAAUCUCUGGUAUAGCAGCAGCUCCGUUUCUCCUCCAUCGCAUCGUCUCAGGGACCGCAGCGCUGUGCUUCUCCUUGGUUUUGCCUUCGGUGCAGUAUGUCCCCGCCUUUGCAAAAAACGCUGGGAUGGGGAGGGGGAUAACUGGCUUCUUUGCCCCCCUUCUCUCUCUCGUUCAUUUUUUAGAAUAAUACUCAACGAGUGUGUUUUCAGCCUCAUCCAGUAUCACAGUAACAGUAAUCAUGAUUAAUUUUACUCCGUUUGUGACCGACCAAUUACCUCCCUGGAAGUAUAGCAUACAUUUCUACCGAAAGAAAGCAAGCCUGUAUUUUUCUUCAUUAAAGAAAGAUUCCAUCCUACUUUUCAUUUUAAACUCCUAAAGCAAAGAAAUGGGCUGCAUUUUGCUACAUACUGACUGCAGAAGAGACACAUCUGAGGAAUUGCAAGUUUCCUUCCUCAGACAAUGGAUCCCCUGCUUUGGAAAGUCCUCAUGGUUUCAAAACUGGUUUCGGCAGCAUUUUGAGAAACACCCGUCUCAGAGCUUUUUUGCUCAUGUGGAGCUGGGCGCAGGAUUAUUCAGAAGCAGUAAAUUUCACAUCCCAUUUAUGGAACUAUCUUUCACUUUGCGGUUACAAUGGCAGCUGCAGUUAUGCAUUCUGGGAGGAGUUGGUAGUGAUAGCCCUGUACUUUUUGUUCAGCUUCCCAUAAGCUGGAUCCUGAUAGAUGUGUUGGACUACAAAUCCUAUCCUCCCCAGCCAGAUUGGGGAAGGCUGCUUCAAUGCUACCGCAAAGGAAAAUGAGCAGGCAGGAGCCAGAAAUGUUCUCAAAGUGUAACAGCCAAAAGCAUGUAAAAAGACUAUUUUGACAGCUGAUUCUGGUCGUGGAUUAAAAUAGCAGCUUGAACAAUACCCCCCUCCAGAACAAUUUUAAAAUAAUACUUAGAUACUUGUAUAAAGAGAACAUAAUGUUCAUAAAGAAGACAUAAUUUUGUAUGAAACAGUGGAUAUGUACAGACAUCAGUAAAAGCUCUACUCACAAAACUAAAACUAAAUACUUUAUUCUAAUGGAAAUCUCAUUAAA